UCCACUUGGCAGACGUUCAUUGCAUCCUGUUAUUAAUGACGUCGCUGUCGCGUGUCCCGUUAUUCCAGCUGUUUCCCUUAGAUGUCGACGGUACUUUCUCCCUGUAAAACGAGGAUGUACAAGUAAUACUGCCAAGUGUAGCAGAUGUACUAUUUCAUGCCAGGCUCAUGCUGUGUAACUAAUGCACGCGGUUGAUGCGAAGCAGGGUACUUUACCUUGCCUGCGGAUCCUACUUCCUGAUUUCGGCGUCUCUGUCAUUUAGAUACUGAGGCUAAUUUCUGGAUUAUUUUUACUUGCUAAUUUAGUUUCGCUGACGUUCACACUUACACAGUAGUUCCUAAUGUCAAACAUCGUUUCAUUUCUGACCCGUGUUUUAUUUAUUUUACUACAUCGUCAUACUGGUUUUGGCAAUACCACUACUCUUCCUGUUUUAUCACCACAAGAUAUCCUCUCACUGCUGGAUACAUCAUGUGUUAUUGCCCUGGACCCUGCUGCCAGCCAAGACACUAUGAUCAGCUUACAAUCUCUCUCUGAGACAGCCUUUCACAGUGAGCAGAGAGUCACCAUAUGUGUGUUGUCGUGUUCAAUCCCCUCCUGCACUUGGAGCAGAGACCAUGGGCUUCACUUCCAGUGGGCAUCACCUCCUACCAGCACUGAGCAGCAUGCCAUCCUAUUUCUUAGAAAGGUGAAAGACAGAACCUGCCUACUUCCUCAACCUGAGGUUUAUCCAAAAGGGCUACCUCUACCUCAUGGGGAAAGGGAUUCUUUAAGAUCCCUUCUGGGUUUCAUAAAUGAGAAAUGCCAAACCUACCGAACCUUGGAAGGUGGACUAAAUCUUGAAGGCAGACAAAGGCUUGCUGUAUUAAAUAACUUGUUCACUGUUGCAGAAGUGUCAGACUUGGACAUGGAACAAGUUUACAAUGUCAACAUCCCUUUAAACUCUACCUUCAAAUAUGAUGUAGCAAGCACAGAUGGCAAGGAAUUUCUCUUCAAGCACAGGAAAAGAUCGCUUCCAGUCUGUGAUCGCAUACCAGUUCCAUCUCAGGAGGAUUUUGUUGAGAAAUAUCUGAAACGCUCAAAACCUGUGAUUAUUGAAGGGGCAUUGGCAGACUGGCCAGCAAUGCAAACCUGGACUUAUGACUACUUAUUAAAGGAGUAUGGAAGCCUUCGAGUACAUGUCAAACUAGCCCCCAAUGGUGUAUUUGAAGGCUGUGAGAAAGCUCAGCAUUUUGAAAACUUCAAGAAUUUUACAGUUCCACCUUCUGUCCGUUCUCAGCUAAAGUUUCCAGACCUUGUUGUGGUAUGUCCAGCCACAGCAGAUGUGACUUUUGCAGAGUUUUUACAGAUGAUGCAAGAAUCAUCUGAGUCCAGAGCAUCAGCUUAUUUGGAAUAUUCCUCGAUCCCACAGUAUAUGCCGGAUAUGGAGUCUGACCUGAAUGAAUUUCCAUUCAUUAAAGGCUUGUUAACCAGGAAACACUUGAACCUGUGGCUGGGUGAUGGCAAUACCCUUGGGAAGUUGCAUUUUGAUCCAUUUGACAACCUUCUCGGCCAGAUCAAAGGCCGGAAGGAAUUCAUUGUGUUUGAGCCACAAAGCAGUGCUGCAUUGUAUGAAGGACACAUCCAGGAGGCUUUGCUGGACUUUAACAAAACCUCAAAAACCUUCCAAAGAAGAAAGGUGCUGGACAGCACAUCCAUGGUGAUGUCACCUGUGGACAUACUCAGGCCUGACUUCAAGACCUUCCCCAUGUUUUCCAAGGCCAAGCCUUUAAACUGCACUGUUGGAAAAGGGGACGUGCUAUUCCUUCCUGCUUUCUGGUGGCAUGAAGUUCAGUCAUACCCAAGUAAGAAGACUGGCAUUAACUUGGCUGUAAACUUUUGGUAUGAACCAUUCUUGAAGAAGGAGUUUCCAUGUGCUACUUGCAAGCUGGAUAUCAAUUCUUUUUAUAGACAUUUAGUGUAAAAGCCACUGAAGUUUGACACUGUAGGCCAGUUUCCAUUUUCAGUCAUUCCAGUGAUCCAAAAACAUCCCACAAGAAGCUAACUCACCACUUUGUGCCUUUCUUCUGAGACGAAAAUGAACAUUCACUGUAUAACACUGAUUUGUAGUGCUGCGUUUUUUAAUACCCAUUGUGCAAGUCACUGCUUACAGAAUGUGAGCAUAAUCAUUUGCAAUGUUCGUUUUCAUUUUUGCUGUUUUCGUUUUAUUAAAUUUGUAAUUUAAGCAUA